AUGGGUAAGAGCGGGAAGAAGACGAAGGAGUCGCACCGGCAAGGCCGCGGCCGCCGUGGCUCGCAGCUCGGCGACGACGACUUGCCUUCGUCUGCCUACGACGCGCCGCCGCGCCGCCAGGAGGACUCGGACGGUGACGAUUCCGACGAAGCAACAGCGGAAGGCGAACACGACGGAGGCGCGGAAGAAGGCGACCUCCAGGGCCAGUGGCAGGUCGGCUCGAUGCCUUCCAAGUUCCACCUGUACCAGCUCUCCGUGCAGUCGCCAAAAGGGGACAUCAGCUACCUGCAGAAGUUCUUUCUGAUGUAUGUCGGCGGGCGCGUCCCUCUCCACCUGCAGGAGGAUUUCUGUGGCACCGCCCUCCUCAGUACUGAGUGGCUUCGCACUGAUACGAGACGAACAGCAGUGGGCUUAGACUUUGACCGUGAGUCACUUGAGUGGUGUCUUGAGAACAACCUGAGCAAGAUUGGAGCUGAUGGGUAUUCGAGAUUGUUGCUUUUUAAUGGAAAUGUUCUGCAGCCAAAUGAAUCUCGCCUUGUCAAGCAAAAGAUCAGUGAUCUCGUGCAAGGUCUAAAUUUUACCAGUGAUGAUGACUCUACUGAAAUGAACAGCUGCGAGCAGUCAGAUUCUUCAUUUACGAAAUGUGCAGCCAAUUCGACCAUGUCAGAUGCAGUUUUGCCUGGAAGAGACAUAAUUUGUGCAUUCAACUACAGUUGUUGCUGCCUUCACAAGAGAAAGGACUUGGUUCUGUAUUUCAGGCAUGCCUUCAAUGCACUUUCUAAAAGAGGUGGUAUAUUUGUAAUGGAUGUAUAUGGUGGCACAUCAUCUGAAUGCAAGCUUCGUCUCCAGAGGAGAUUCCCCAGCUUCACUUAUUUCUGGGAGCAAGAAGAGUUUGAUAUCAUAACUCGUGAAACAAGGAUCAGCCUCCACUUUCAAGUUGGAAAGAAGCAAAUGAUACGGCAUGCUUUCACGUACCAUUGGCGCCUGUGGUCGAUACCAGAAAUCAAGGACUGCCUGGAGGAAGCUGGAUUCAAGUCCAUCCACGUAUGGAUCAGGGAGAUGCCAGACACCAAAUCAAGCGGAAACGCCAAGGAGUACACUGCCGACCGCGACGUGAAGUACGAGGAGCUCCAGCGGUUCAACCAGGCGGACGCUUGGAACGCGUACAUAGUCGGGGUAGCAAACAUGUAG